GCCCGCUCCCUGCCACUCCAGCCAGGCUAGCAGAGCAGAACCACCGAUCACCGACCAAGGCAAGACCCCCCCGCACACAAACAACAUGGGCCUCACGCAAGAUCCCAACUUCCAGAAGCUGCAGGAGUGGUUCACAGCCCACCACCUGAACCUCAACCUGAGGCACAUGUUUGAGGCUGACAAGGAGAGAUUCAACAAGUUCAGCACCACACUGAAGACUGAGGAUGGAGACAUUCUCCUGGAUUACUCGAAGAACCUUAUCACCGAUGAGGUCAAGAAGAUGUUGGUGGAGCUGGCCAAGUCAAGAGGUGUGGAGGCUGCUAGAGAGAAGAUGUUCGCUGGAGACAAGAUAAACUUCACAGAGGGCCGGGCGGUGCUCCACGUAGCUCUGAGGAACCGCUCCAACACCCCCAUCGUGGUGGAGGGCAAGGACGUGAUGCCGGACGUCAACGCCGUCCUGGAGAAGAUGAAGGCCUUCUGCCACAGAGUGCGCAGUGGUGAGUGGAAGGGCUACACUGGGAAAGCCAUCACAGACGUGGUCAAUGUGGGCAUCGGAGGAUCGGAUCUGGGGCCCCUGAUGGUGACGGAGGCCCUGAAGCCCUACUCCAAAGGCGGGCCCCGCGUCUGGUUCGUGUCCAACAUUGACGGAACGCACAUCGCCAAGACCCUGGCCCAGCUCAACGCGGAGACCACCCUGUUCAUCAUCGCGUCUAAGACCUUCACAACCCAGGAGACCAUCACCAACGCUGAGUCUGCCAAGGAAUGGUUCCUGGAGCACGCCAAAGAUAAAUCUGCGGUCGCAAAGCACUUUGUGGCACUUUCCACUAACGGCCCCAAAGUGAAGGACUUCGGCAUCGACACAGAGAACAUGUUUGAGUUCUGGGAUUGGGUAGGAGGCCGCUUCUCUCUGUGGUCUGCGAUCGGAAUGUCUAUCGCUCUGCACAUUGGCUUCGACAACUUUGAAAAGCUUCUCUCAGGAGCCCACUGGAUGGACAACCACUUCCGCACCGCUCCCUUGGACCAGAACGCUCCCGUUCUGCUGGCGCUGCUGGGCAUCUGGUACAUCAACUUCUUCCACGCCGAGACCCACGCCAUACUGCCCUACGACCAGUACAUGCACCGCUUCACCGCCUACUUCCAGCAGGGGGACAUGGAGUCCAACGGGAAGUACAUCACCAACCAGGGCACCCGCGUCAACUACCACACUGGACCCAUCGUCUGGGGAGAGCCUGGGACCAACGGACAGCACGCCUUCUACCAGCUCAUCCACCAAGGAACUCGCAUGGUCCCGGCUGAUUUUCUGAUCCCCUCCCAGUCUCAGCACCCUGUCAGAGAUUGCCUGCACCACAAGAUCUUGCUGGCAAACUUCCUGGCUCAGACGGAAGCCCUGAUGAGGGGGAAGACCACAGAGGAGGCCAAGAAAGAACUGGAGGCCAGCGGUCUGAGCGGAGAGGCCCUGGACAAAAUCCUGCCUCACAAAGUGUUCCUAGGGAACAAACCGACCACCUCAAUCGUCUUCAAGAAGCUUUCUCCUCACACGCUCGGGGCACUUAUUGCGAUGUAUGAACACAAGAUCUUUGUCCAAGGUGUGAUGUGGGAGAUCAACAGCUUUGACCAGUGGGGAGUGGAGCUGGGCAAACAGCUGUGCAAGAAGAUCGAGCCCGAGCUGGGGGCGGCGGGUGAGGUGACCUCCCACGACUCCUCCACCAACGGACUCAUCAACUUCCUCAAGAAGAAUUUCGCCUGAAUUCUCAUCGCUCACCUCAACCCCCCACCCCCACAAUCUCCCUCCCCAAGCCCCAUCCUUCUCUGACUCCCAACUCGUUCACCUCCAACUCCCUUCCCUCCCCCACACCCCCAAACAGUACCAUGCGACAGACGCACACACAAACAAGCACACAGACACACAAACAUAAACACACACACAAAGGGUAAUGGCAGCUGUGUGGUAGGAUAGGCAGCUUGUCUCUCCCACACACAGUUUGUGUGUGUGUUUGUGUGUGUGUGUGUGUGUGUGUGUGUGUGUGUGUGUGUGUGUGUGUGUGUGUGUGUGUGUGUGUGUGUGUGUGUGUGUGUGUGUGUGUGUGUGUGUGUGUGUGUGUGUGUGUGUGUGUGUGUGCUGUCCUCUGCCAUCGUGUCGUCUACCUGGUCGUCAUUCGUGUUGUUGUCGUUGCCCGUGGUAACGGGAGACAAUGGUUGUUGUGAUCGGGCCCUUAGGAGCCUAGUGGAUAUAUGAAUCCUCUCCUUGCCUCCUAGGGGGCAGACUCAUCCUCUCCUCAUAACCCUUUUUUUUUAGACAAACAAAUUUAUUUGGGAAUAAAUAUUGUAACACCAAAA